AUGAGCCAAGAAGCGGUUGUGGAUCGCCAUAAUGAGAACAUUGAUGAGAUGGAUUAUCAUAAUGCGCCUACUCGAAGAGAAAUGGCUUUAUCCCCACUUCCUCGACCACUCGAAACUCCACAUAGAUCACGGAGGCUAAGCGUGAUCGACAAAUUUUCCGAAACUGAGGCGUAUAUGAGGUCUAGGUUCCAAGUUUUAACGUCACUAUGGGAUGAAAUUGAAAUGUCAGAAGAAUCGAGAGUACAGAGGGCAAGAACAGCAUUUGAACAUAUUCACAACCUCAUUGACGAUAUGGUUGAAUCUGAACAACAAAUGGUACAAGAAGUUAAAGCUGACAUCAAAACUGGUUUGGACAAAGUAAAACAACUACGAGACGAAAUGGACAUGGAGGAGUUUACAUACUCACAGAAUUAUCCCAGCUUAGCCUUGCUCCGUCAUGUGGAAAAAGAACUAAAGUUGAUACAGGAGGAACAUGAUGAACGAAGGAGAUCUCAGAAUGAGCUUAUCGAAAAAGCAGCACACCUUUCGUUACGCAUAGGAAAAGACAUUCAGGAUCUUGUACCAGAAAAAAGACUCAUGAAGCCUGUGGAGAUUGAUACGCUCAAGGCUGAAAUGAUCCAUCUUCAAGAGGUGUUCGAUGAACGACUACAAACUGCUGCUCAGAUGCAAGCUGAUAUUCGUAAUUGGGUGGAACGCCUAGGAAGUUUGUUUAAUGAGAACGAGAGUGCUGAGGUGAAAGUGAUCUUGAUGACUGAUGUACAGAGCGAAGAGUUUGUGCUCUCCGAAAGCUCUUUGGGCACAAUCAAACAAUAUCAUAGCCAAAUUUCCGAAAUAUAUCAACAAUGGCUACAAGAUCAAGAUUUUCAAUGGACUAGCAAGUAUACUGUAUUGGAAGAGCUAUGGGGCAAAUGCAUGGUUGGGCUAGCUGAACGAGCAUUCCUCCCAAUAUUCGAUCCAUUAUAUCACACUUCCAAAGAUUUGGAUAGAAUGGGGUUGGAACAAGCUCGCUUGGAGAAAUUGUACCGUUCCAGAAAACGGAUUUAUGAUCAUGUUUCAGAGUUUCAAGCAGUGUGGGAGCAGAAAAUCGCUCUUAGCAGCAAGAUGAGAGAAGCCGGUUACUAUCAAAGCAGAGAUAGAUCUCACAACAUCUUGAAAGAUGCGCAGUUGGAACGACAAUUGGAACACAGUAUUACUGUAUUAGAGAAACAAAUCGUAAAAUCAUACAGUGAGUACGUUUCCAAGCAUCCAGAAGAUCCAUUCAGAAUCAACUCGAUUUCUCCACCUGAUUUUGUUAGAAAAACAAGAGAAGACUAUUUUGCUGCUUUGGAAGAAGAACGUCAUAAAAAGGCGCUCAUGAGACAAACCAGCUCUUCAACGCUCAGCUCCCCACGAACACCACAAAAGAAGGCAUUUGCUAGAACACCAGCAAGUUGUGGAAAAAUGGAGCCUCCUCUCAAGAAACCGAUGCUUGAUAGAGCUUUCACCCCACGUAGUGGACGGAUGCCAAGUUUAAUACAGCCAGUUAAUAAGACUUCCGAGCGUGGUCCCAAAACAUCAUCACCACGUCAAGCUGGUACUGGGACACCCGGUAGAACUCCACUUAAGAGACAUAAUUAA